UUCGCUGUUUGGGGUAUCGGUGGUGUGAAACUAACGCAGAGAGAGAGAUUGUUCACAUUUAUUAAUACCGAGCAGAUCAAAGAUCAACAGGAUGAACAGCACAGUAUCCCCCAUGUAUCCCCCUCCCAGUGCCCCUCCGGCUGAAAUGUUUGGCAACGUGCCUGGCUAUGAAGGCACUGUGAUAGGAGGAGGUGGAGGUUUCCUGCCCCCUCCUGUGCCCACACAGCCUGUGGCCCCACCCCAACCUGGCCCAGUACCUGAUGACUGGAGCAUCCCAUCUCUGUCAGAGGAUGUGGCUCGUGAGGCGUUCAAGAGCUAUGCGUCCUCUCAGUGCUGCUACAGUAGCGGUCCUGCCCAGGAUGGAGUCAUCACCAGCAUGGAGCCAUUCAACACCUACAGGUACCGGCUGGAGACGUAUACUGAGUCCAGGUCAACUGAGUGGGCCCACAAACCUCAUGAAGGUGAGGUAGCUGACUUCUACACCCAGACCGCCCCCCGGCCAUGGGAGAUCCAGGCCACGGCUCCCAGCUUCUUCACCAAUCACACUGAGGAAAUCCGCGUGCCCUACACCUCCUCCAUCAAGGAGUGCCACAGCUGCCAUGCUACAGGAAGGAUGCCGUGUGACAAUUGCAGUGGAAAUGGAUAUACAAAAGAUUGCUGGGUGUGUGACGGCUCUGGGAGGAAGCUUGAAGAGACCUGCAAUAACUGCCGUGGUAGCGGCAAAGAAAGGUGCACAUCAUGUAAUUCUGAGGGAAUGAAGGAGUGUGAAACCUGUAAAGGAAAACGACAACUGCUCACCUACAUCAACCUAAAAGUUGAGUGGGUCAAUCAAGUGGAUGACCACGUGGUGGAGCAGAACUCUGGUCUUAGGAUUGAUGAUCUUCGCUCAGUGAGCGGGAAGGAGUUGUUCAAGAACAACCAGUACCUGCUCUACCCCCUGCUUGGGUUUCCCAACCCGGCUAUCUCUGAGGCCUCUGAGCGACUGCUCCAAGAGCACCAAACCAGGUUCGCCCAGGACUUCAGGAUCCUGCAGCAGAGGCAGAGAGUUGAGCUGAUCCCCAUCACUAAGGUGAACUAUAAGUGGAAAGGCGACUCUCACGUCUACUAUGUCUACGGCAACGAGAACCAAGUCAGCGCAGACUACCCAGCAACCUGCUGCUGUGUCAUCCUGUAGACACAUAAACACACAGAGAGUCCCUGUUAUCCAAACACUACACAAAGAUUUCUCCACAAAAACAGUCCAAUUAGAUGAAUUACUGUGAGCUCUUCAAAUAUAAUACAGUCAGAUCAGUUUAGAGCUGCAAUUUGGUGCUCUGGUCAAACAUCCAGUGUAAAAAUUUACAAUUAACAUAAAAAUGCUGCACUGUAAUUAAACAAUGCUGGAUAGACUGCAUUUAUCUGUUUGUCUUUAUGCUGCUCAGUUCAAACUCUUAGACUUUGCAACUGUUAGGAUGACAUGACGCUCCACCAGAGAAAAUUAAGGGCUGCCAUUUAACACUGAUAUCAAGAUUUAAGAGCCCCUUACUGUCUCUGUUUGGACAUCAGUGUUGACCAUGUCCUCUGAAGCUAUGACCAUUUACCAAAGACGUUUUUCUAUUACAGUUUUACUGAAAGUAUGUGCCAUUUUAAUAUCCUAAGUACUGCAUGGAAACUCAGUCUAUGAAAGUCAAACAUGAGAAACGUCAAAAAAAUAAAAAUGGGGGUUUCAUCUAACGAGGUUAAUAUACUAUAAUAUUUGCUGUAUAAAGUCUUGCACGUAAUCAGAUGCUGGAGUAAGUCUAAAGUAAGUUUAUAGAAUAACAGCAGAACUGGUUCACCUGGUUUGUACCUGUAUGUUUGUACCUGUGGUUUAAUGUUGAUAGUAAAAACCACUUUAGUGUUAAAAAUGCUGAGUUUAUCGGUUUCACAACAAGUAGAUCAAGAUUUUCAGGAGCAAAAUAAUAUAUCCUAUAAGCCCGGUCACACCAGUAAGUAUCAAUAUGUGACACAAAUGUGUCAUCUUUAAAUAUCUGUUAUGCUAUCAGCUCCAUUGUUUGUAAUUCACUCUCUGUUGUGGAGCAGUUUAUACUCCAACUGAGGAGGUUAAACAAAUUGGAUGAUGGCAUUUUAGCUACAAUAGCUUCCACCAUUUUGAGCGUCCCAGCUUUCCAUUUUUUUUCAGGAUAUUGUACAUUUCAUUGCAUAAAGUGCUGUCAAAGCUAGUUAAACAUUUCUUAACAAUCAAGUCAAUCCACUGAUUUAGUCACAGAAUAUUGCUGUCUGAAAUUCUGGUGUGACGUGGGCCUAUAGUAUUAUUUGUUUAAUUUUUUUUCCCCUUAUUAGUUUAGUAAAUGUCUUGCUGAUCGCCUGGACACGCUAAAUGAAAUUAAUGAAUGUAUUCUCUGUGUGGUCUGUUAAAAACAAGCAGCAUUAAAUAAUCUGCAAGAUAGUCACUUUCAGCUGUAUAAUGACGACCUUCACCAAAGUGCUGAGACAGUUUUACCUCUGUUUUUUAAAAAGAAGAACCCUAAACACCUCAUUAUAACGUUAUAAUACAUGUUUACUCAAGCUAUUUCUUUGAAGUCUGAAACCAAGCAAGCAUUUGAACAUUUGCAUUUCUUUUGCUUUGUAAGUUUAUGUGAUGAAAGAAACUUUCGUAGAUGUGUCGUUUCUUCUUUUUGCCUCUGGUUUUAGCUGACAUCAACCGUUCACGUCAGGACAAAAAUAUACAUCCUUCCUGCCUUGUAGCAGAGCUCCUGUAGAGGCCACUCAUGUGGGAUCUGCAGCCCUGUGCCUACAACCGAUUUGUCUGUGACUGACAGGACAAAACCACUUCAGGUUUAUGGGUGUCAUUGUUUAUGUGUAAGGGGUAAUACUACUGUAUUGUUUUUUUGGUGUGUUCAUUAUUCAUUCAAGUUUUAUUUGUUCUGUUGUCGGUGUAACAUCAGUGAUACAGUGUCACUGUUUCCAUUUUCAACAUGACUGAAGCUGCGUAUUGUCUCAAGCUAAAGUGAUGCUGCUUUAAUGUGAUGAACUUUUAUUAAGUGGAAUGCUCCUUUAUCUGCAAUGUACCUGCAAUUUAACUGCUUUAAAACAUUAAUCUGAUGGAUGUCAUUACUCUCUUAGUACUCAAUUAUACACUGUUGUUACACUAUGUUAUUAAUCACAUGUUCCUGUUAAAACUGAAAAUAAACUCACUUACUU